GUUCUGUUCUACUGUAAGUUUUAGCACAGAAAACGUACUACUAUACUAUUUUAGUAAUAAGUUAUGUGGUGUCGUAAAGGUCGUAAACCUGCACCAUUAUGACAAUUUAGAUAUUUUUAUUAAUUGACUUUAUCCAGGCCUAGUGUUCAUGUAACUUAUUGAGUGGCAUACAAUCUCAAAUAUGUGGAAUAUUUUAAACACUGGUUUAGUUGGUGGUUUAGUGUAUUUUUUAUACUUAACCUAUAACCAUGUUUGCAAUAAUUGUUACUUAUUUAAAUCUAAAUCUAACUCGUUUAGGCCCACAAAUAAUUUAGUGAAAAAUUUCUAUGGCUGUUGUAGAGCUGUUACAAGGAUCCUUCAGAGGCAACCUCACACACUUAGAGUGCUUGGAUUAGACUGUGAAAUGACAUCUACUUCUGUGAAUGGUGGCCGUCCAAUACCUGCUACUCUACAACUGGCAAAUCCAAAUGGUUACUGUGCUAUUUUCCAACUCAAAGUCAUGCAGAAAGCUAAAAAAGAUACCAUAUUACUUCCCUACCUAACAGAUUCUCCAAAAUCAUGUUCAUUUAAGCUACCAAGUGAGAAUAUUCUUAGAGAAAUAUUGGAGGACAAAAAUAUACUCAAAGUUGGAGUAGGAGUGAUUGAGGAUGCAACAUAUUUGUUGGAUAGCUACGGUAUAAUCUGCAAAAGUUGUCUAGACUUGAGAUUUUUGGCAGAACUUGCUUUCAUUGAACCUAGAGGUCUAAAUUAUUUGGCUCAAAAGGUUCUUGGCAAGGAGAAAUUAGAUAUUCCAAAAAAAUCAAAGAAGCCUUGGGAAUCGGACGAAUUAAAUGAUGCACUCAUCCGCUAUGCUGCAACUGAUGCUCGAUUGGGAGUGGAAAUAUUUUUGAAACUCAAUGAAAUAGUUAUUGAGCGGAACUAUUCUUGGUUAAGAAGAUUAUUUUGGGAUGAAAAGACAUAUUGGAAAUACACAAUAAAACUUUGGCGAAACAAAAUUGGAAAAAAAUAUUAUUAUGAUUAUAGUAACUGGGGGGAAGAAAGAAUCGAGCGCAGGUGGUUCAAGUACAUCCAAAAAUACGUUAAAUCAUUGAUGAAGAAUGUAUUUGUAUUUGAAAGUGCGUUACCUACUACCGGUGCGCGUAUUUCACUUAUUGGAAGAGUCUGUUGCGUCUGUGGUAUUCCUGACUACGGAAGAGAUUUCAAGGUGAAAGCUGUUGUACCCAUUGACUAUGGUGUUGAGUUUGAUGAACUUGGUGUGUACUUUGUUCAUCUAUGUAACGACUGUUAUGAAGAUUGCCGCAACAAAGUAGACUUUGAUCUUCGCCAGGAGUUGACUGAGGAAUGCGGAGCUCCUCAACCAGAUUAUGAGGAUCAUCGGUUAAAAACAGCUAAGAUCUUAGCUGCUGAAAUACUUAGGUCAGGAAACCAGCAUAACAAAUCAAAAUGGAAUACAGCUGCUGAAAUACUUAUGCCAGGAAACCAGCAUAAAAAAUCAGAAUGGAAUAUGAUACUGGAACACAAAUUACAUGCAAUGUUCAAAGGUUUGCCUAAAGAAGAUAUGCAUGAUGGGAGUACAAUGGAAGCAAUAUUGGCAAUGGACUGUUGGCCAGAAUCAGAUCAUGGAAGGUUUGUCCAUAACUACUUCUGUCUGUAUGGAUCUGGAUUUGACGGACUGGAGGAGCUGAAAUGGCGAUGGUGCAAGAGAUUUUGGCUGAAAAUGAGGCCUCGGCGUCUAUCUCGGGAGUGGAAGUACUUCUACCGUAACCACCCUGGCUGGCCAAGGUUAGCUUCAGAAUAUUGACAUCUGCCUCAGUGUGACGGAAAAGGUAGAGUCGGAAAACUAAAAAACUACCAGUUUUCUACACUCUUUGGAACUACGGCCUUGUCUGAUUGGUUUUCAGUUUUCAGCAUAGAGAUCUGUAGGAAAAUUUAGGAUCUGUUUGUUUAUAAAUAUUUAGAGUAGGCCUACAAAAGAGAGAAUUAUGCUUCUCAAAAAAUGUUUUAAACUCCCAUCACUCAAAUAGGUUUUUUAAUGUUGUAUGUUGUACAUGUUGAUUUAUUCACUAAAACAGGGAGGCACUUUGGUACAUAUUUUUAGUUGAUUAUGAUUGUAUGGUGAGUGGUAUGACGUACGGUAGAUAAUGUAGUUUUAUAACCGACUAAGGUCAGCAGUUUCUUUUUCCAGGAUCAUUUAUAGAAGCUCAAUGAUCAAAGACAUUGGUUACAGUUUUUAAGCUAUCAAAAAGCUACUGAUCUUUUUUCAUAUGACAUUUUUUAUUCCUAAACAAGGCACUCUAUGAUAUUUAGGUACUGUUUUAAUUGUCAUACAAGUAUAUUUUUGUGACAGAAAGUAGAGAAACUACUUGAUACAACGCUAGUAAAAACAGAGAUAAGAAUAGAAUCAGCUCCCUUAAUAACUCAGCCAUUAUCCAGCUUCCUUAAUUAUGUGUAAAUGAUGUAAACAGAUGGAAUGAUGUAAAUGAUAAUAAAUCCAAAUCCACUAUGAGUCCUGAGAAGAAUAUCCAGACAAACUCAAAAUAUAAAGACAGGUUUCUAAAGAUUAUUAGUUAUUUUCUUCCACUAAUGACGUACCAGAACUAAUACAAUAAGGAAGAAGAAACGGAUAAGACAAACAACCCAUCUGAAAAAAAAUUUACAGGAAGUUUAUUGCACACACAAAAUCCACUACACAUGAAAAUUAUAUUUAAAAUUUAGUAAAUUGCCCAAUUUAUUAUAGAAUGAGCGACAACUUUGUGAAAUAAUCCCUGUGCAUGGGGGAAAUAUGAAUUUUGAUUUUUUUGUAAACUUCCUGUACUCUGUCAACCCCUUGUUACUUGAAUUAUAACGAGGUACUUCUACUUCGUAGUGGCUUAUCCUCCUAAUGGGGCUAAAUAUUGAGUAAAAUGUGUUGUUAACAGUUGUUUGUGUAUUGAGUGUGUUAAACGCGUCUCUUACUGAGGUGAGUUAAUUAUUCUCUCCUUCAUCCUUGAUUUGAAAUAUUCCUACAGUCCGUACGUUCUCACAUGGCAUCUGAGGGACUAGGAACCCUUACUCACACACACACACACAAAUUGUACAACACAUGGUUGAAUAUUAUUUGUAUAAAAAUUUUUUUUAUGUGAAUAAAGAUUUUUGAACUGAACUGAACUGAACAAAUGCAGCUCUCCCUCGUGUGCCAGGUAGAUGACUCAUAUGCUGGGCGUAAAACACGCUAAUUUCAGCAUAUUGUAUUUUAGCCCCGGAUCCCCCUCCAAAACUGGGGUAUCCCAUACCCCCCGGGACCCCAAGGUGGGCCACUCCCAGUGAUCCCUGUUUCAAGUACACUCGUGCCCCCCCCCUAGUUUUGAUCCUGGGAAAGCCCUUUUUCGUAACUAUCAUGAUUCACGUUUUAGCGUAACUAAUUGUUUGGAAUCUGUUACGAGGAUGAACAAGGGUUGUUUUGGACGAAUUUCCCCGUAACGCCAUGAGUUACAACUGUGAAAUAUGUGUGACGGACCGGGAUGGCAUGAGCAUCACAGUAGUUUCGGUGAUCUACCAUUAUAAUGUGGUUGGUGUUGUAGUGCUGUGCUCUGAAGUUUUAUCGUGUAACACUGAUGUCCUCAAAGAAGCCCAUGGAAGUUUUACAUUCUCAAGCUAGAAGUUUAGUUGCUUCAAUCAUUCAAUAUUUAUUUGGAAAAAAUUAUAUGGGACCUUUGUUAGAUAGAAAAGUACUCGAUCUAGUUUCAGCAGCCUGCAAUGUUCCAAUACCCUGAGAAGCGGCAACGGUGCCCCUACAAUGGAGGCCAACUUCACCAGGACAAUCAUUAAGGAAUGUGUCAAGCCUGGAGCUGAGUCGCUGCACAUCAGGAAUGUCAAGGAAAUUAGGCAGGGGGGUUCUACUGGUCACGGAAAGCACAGAUGACGCCAGGAAGAUUAUGGGAUUAUGUCCCAUGGCCCCCAAGAUUAUGAUUUGUGACUUGGCAGCUGAAUUGAAUGACAACGAGGCUGAGAACUAUUUGUUUGAGCAGAACCUGGAUGGACGACCGGAGAGAAUUGUUUUUGACAAUAAUUUCAAUCAUGUGAAGGCCAUAAAUAAAAGGUAAGGAAAAGGAUGCUCUGGGUGAUAGAAUGCUCUGCCGUUAGGAAUUGACUUUUUAGAAGAGACAGAGUCUGCAUUGAAUGGAGUAGUUGCGGGGGGGUGACUACGCGGACAAUCUCGUUGUUUACAAGUGUCAGGGCUACAGACACGUUUCUAAGUACUGUAGGGAGAUUGCCAGGUGUGGUCAUUGUUUAUGACAUGAGGGAAUGCCUGGUAAAGGAUGACCAGAUCCAGUACCCAUGUGCCACAUGUGAAAAGGUUGGGAAGGACAGCACAGGUCACAGCACCAACAUUUGGGAAUGCCCGGUUUACGUAAGAGCAGUGCAGGACAGCGUCCGAAGAAUAGACUAUGGCUGCUAACACCCAGUGGCAACGUAUAAAGUACCUUGGAAGCCUAGGGCAUGUGACCUCUGCAGGGCCUUUUAAAAAAAUAAACCGAGUACAUUUGAAAAACAUCACCAGGCAACACAAGGUAAUAUUGUGUUGACAUUCAUGUGUGAGAAGGGAUUUGGGGGUUUCCUUGGUGAUCUUUGCCACUACUUAAAAUUUAACUAAAAUAUUUUUUUUUAUUUUUGGACUGACUUCUUGUGUA